CUCCAAUAGUGGCAUAUAACUACAACCAAAUAUACAUUUUCAAAUGGGUAUAAAUAUACUCAUAUUAUAUUAAACAUUGUAUUAAUAUACGUUUAACAAAUUAUUAAGUUAACUAAUUUUAUUUUAGAUUUAUCUUACUGACCGUUUUCCGACCUUUUGUCCAUCCAGCUGCAGAGGAAAAGCAAUUAACCUGAUUUCGAACAACAACAGGAUUUGUUUUUAAAAGACUUGAUCCACAAAUCCUCCCUACUGUAGCAGCCAUGAUGGUCAGAAGGUGAAGAAAUUGUGAGCAAGUCGAAUGUGCUGAUCGAUUACUCUAGUAUUUGUAAAAUAUUGGAUUUUUAAGAUUCUAGUUGAAAUACAUCAAUUGGCUAUUAAUUUAUAAUAACAAUAUUUUACAUAAAUAAAUAUAUUUAAUUCAUUUUAUUUUCUCAUGCAUAAAAAUUUUGACGUCACACUUUCGACCUGUGUUCGUACGCCAUUGGUGUCGGGGAGGAGGCUUUCGGUGUUCAGUGCAGAUGGUUAAGUGAUCCAGACAUUAUCUGUGGAAUCAGGAGGUGCAUCGCAUUUAUUCAAGAUGAGUACAGGAAUGCCCGAACUAGGAAGCAAGAUAAGUUUAAUAUCGAAGGCGGAUAUUCGAUAUGAAGGAAGAUUAUUUACGUUGGACCCACAGGAAUGCACAAUAGCAUUGGCCAAUGUUCGAUCGUUUGGAACAGAAGAUAGAGAAACACAGUAUCGUGUUGCGCCACAAAACGAAGUAUACGAUUAUAUUUUAUUUCGAGGAUCUGAUAUUAAAGACAUAAGGGUAGUGAACAAUGUUGGUCCUUUACCAAACGAUCCGGCGAUCGUACAGUUGUCAGUGCCUCCUUCAGGCCUGGCGUCAUCGGCCUACCCAACACAAGGAUUCUCACACCCUGUGCUGGGUCACAUGGGUCCUGGGUUGACACAGUAUCCUGCUUAUGGUGGCAUGGGAGCUAUGACAGGUCUUCCGAGUGCUGUUGCUCCUGGUAUGAGUCUUCACCGGGACCCACAUUCAUUGCCCAAGCAGAGUGAGUUAGUAAUGCCAGUACAGGUUCCAGAUCAUCAAACCAACAAAGACCAAGGUGUGAAAUACAUACUUACUUGCUUGACGCUUCAGCAUGUCAUGCUUGCUCAUAUAAAACGGUCCAGUGUAGUGCCAUCUGUUUUAGAUUUUAUCACGGGCUCCAGAUCAGCUACACCAAGCUUAAUUAUAAGGAAAUCUCCAACAAUGGACCAAGGAGUACAAGUGAACCAGAUUGGUAUGGCACCAGUUAAGGACACUAAAAAACUGCAACAGGUGCCACCUCCAGCACAGCAAGGUCGUGCUGUAAGGUCCUCUGACAUGUCUCGUGAUGGUGGCUUGCCAUCAGGCAUUGGUCAGCAGCAACAGCAGCAGUAUCAUCCUCAACCUCAGCGUCAACCACGUGAACGUGAGAGGGACAGAGACCAUGCAAGAGAGCUUGCUGACCAUGGGCCAGUGAGUCGACCACCUCAUCAAGUUCAACAUCCUUCCCAAAAACAGCAACCACAGCAACAGCAGCAGCAGCAGCAACAGCAGCAACCUCGUGGGGGAUGGGGCAAUCGUGCCAGGCGUGCCAGACCUCGUGGAUCAACCGGAAACUUCAAUAGGCAGCAGGGUGGUGGCCCGCAGCAGGGCAAUCAGUCAAACAAACCCAAAAACACACUUAAGUUUGAGAAUGACUAUGAUUUUGAGCAAGCCAAUACCGAAUUUGAAGAACUUCGAAAUCAACUUUCUAAAGCAAAAAUUGCAGAUACUGAACCUGUAAUUGCAGGUGAUGGGAAGGUGAAUGGAGAUAGUGAGAAAAAGGAUGAUUCGGGCAAUGAGACAUGUGCUGGAGAGAAUGAGCAUGAGGAAGAACAUGAAGUCUUCUAUGACAAAUCAAAGCGAUCGCAGAGAACAGAUUGGAGAACUGAGAGGAAACUGAAUUCGGAGACUUUUGGUGUGGCCUCAGCGAGGAGAGGUGGCUACCGAGGUCGUGGUUUCUACGGUAACAGAGGGAACAUGUUCAGAGGUGGAAAAUUCCGUGGUAAUUUCCGUGGCCAAGGAGGUGGCCGUGGAGGUGGUGGCAGUGGCACUGGUGGUGGAGGUGGUGGUGGCAGUGGAGGUGGAAGUGGACGUCCCAACAACCCUGGAAAUGCUCCUGUGGCUCCAGUUGUACCUGUUGCUGCAGUUGUUGCAGUUGCACCCGGCGGAAGCUCUGGUGCUCCUGGAGCAAGCACUGUCAGCAAUGCUCAAGCACGACCCGCAGUAGUAACAGCAGCACCUGCUGCUGCAGUUCAGAGAAUGGGAAAAAAUGUACAAAAGGCCAAACAUAUGGUGGUGGGAGGUAUGCCCCUUGAUUAG